GAUUUUUAAAGUCGAGAAGUUGGUGAAAUUUCAUUCCAGCAGUAGUGAUAAGCUGUCACCUGCCAGGACUCUCCUCCGUCACCUCCAGACCUGGAGACCGGGAACACGGGUGUUUAUAUAAAUAUAUAUAUUUUAUUUAUUUUGUAAAAACACACCCAAGACUGUAGUAUCUGUACACCGAGUAGAAGGGAGAGUACGGCAGGCACAAAGAGCGGUAUCCAGAGAGGAGAGGCAGGCGGACGGGACGGAGAGACAGCGCGGAGAGGAUAACGGGGACCCAACUGAAAGCAUCCUAAUUUCUUAUCUGCACGGGCUGCUUAGGCUUUAUUUAUCAACGGAUUCAUCCAGUCUCAGCUGGUCCCCAGGGAUACCUGCUCCUUAUCCGUUUACCCCUGCACAUCUCCACAUUGUACUGAUGAAGGAGGCAGACGCCAUCAAGUUAUUUGUAGGGCAGAUUCCCCGGAAUCUGGAAGAGAAGGACCUCAAACCCAUUUUUGAGCAAUUUGGCAAGAUCUAUGAGCUAACCGUGAUUAAGGACAAAUACACUGGGAUGCACAAAGGAUGUGCGUUUCUGACGUACUGUGCAAGAGAGUCAGCCCUGAAAGCCCAGAGCGCUCUUCAUGAGCAGAAAACCCUACCAGGGAUGAAUCGUCCAAUCCAGGUGAAACCAGCUGACAGCGAGGGCCGAGGAGAGGACAGAAAGUUGUUUGUGGGCAUGCUGGGAAAGCAACAGAGUGAUGAGGAUGUAAGAAGGCUGUUUGAGCCCUUUGGCAGCAUAGACGAGUGCACUGUUUUGAGAGGUCCAGAUGGCACAAGCAAAGGAUGUGCUUUUGUUAAAUUCCAAGGACAUGCCGAAGCUCAAGCUGCCAUCAACAGCUUGCAUGGGAGUCGCACAAUGCCUGGAGCAUCAUCAAGUCUGGUGGUGAAGUUUGCUGACACAGAGAAGGAACGAGGGCUGAGAAGGAUGCAGCAGGUGGCCUCCCAACUCGGCAUCUUCAGCCCUAUGACCCUCAACUUUCCUGCCUACAAUGCCUACACACAGGCGGUCAAUGCACAGCUUGUCCAGCAGCAGGCCCUAGUUGCCCAGUCAGCGUACUUGUCUCCUGUGGCAACAGUUGCCGCCGUACAGAUGCAGCAGAUGGCAGCACUCAAUGCCAACGGAAUCAUUGCCACACCCAUUACACCCAUCACACCAUCCUCGGGUACAAACACCCCACCCGCUAUCGCAGCAACACCUGUGCCAGCACUCCCUCCGCCAAUAGGAGUGAAUGGUUACAGUAAUGUGCCAGCUCCAACUAAUGGACAACAAACUGAAACACUAUACACCAAUGGCGUUCACCCAUAUCAAGGUAUACAAUAUAUACAUGUACAAGAAUGCAACAUGGACAAUAGACAAAUUGAACAGAUAUUAUUAUCAUAUACUUAUAUUUUCCAUUCUCACUUGUUUAAAUUAAUUUUUCCAGCCCAGAGUCCAGCAGCAGCUUUGGAUCCACUACAGCAAGCCUACGCAGGCAUGCAACACUACACAGCCGCGUACCCCGCUGCCUACGGAUUGGUUGGGCAGCCGUUUCCCCAGCAGCCAACACUGGUUGCCCAGCAACACCAGCAGCCCCAGCAACAGCAGCAAAGAGAAGGUCCAGAGGGGUGCAACAUCUUCAUCUACCACCUGCCUCAGGAGUUCAGUGACUCUGAGAUGCUGCAGAUGUUCCUGCCCUUUGGCAAUGUCAUAUCAGCUAAGGUGUUUGUGGACCGUGCCACCAACCAGAGCAAAUGUUUCGGAUUUGUGAGUUUUGACAACCCAGCCAGUGCUCAGGCCGCCAUCCAGGCCAUGAAUGGUUUCCAGAUUGGCAUGAAAAGACUUAAAGUGCAGCUCAAAAGGCCCAAAGAUGCCAACCGUCCAUACUAAGUGACCACUGAGAGGAGAAAGAACAAAUAUGUAGAGGUGAGGUUGUAGUGAGGAGGAAAUGAGUCACCCGAUAUGAAAAGAAGUGUGUCAUAGUAUAUUAGGGAAGUAGAUGGAUAAAAUUGGGUUAGUGACAGAACAUGGACAAAGUAAUUUAACAUUUGAAAAUACAAAGCUAACUGAUGGUAAGAAGUUAACAGAAAAAACUGACUUUGCAGUGAAUAUGCAUUGGGUUACUCAUGAAAACAACUUAAAUCAUAUCAGGACAAGUGAAAAUACUAAAAUAUUGUUUUCCUUUUUAUUUUCUUUCACAAUCUUAUUUAUUUUCUUUCCUGCUGUUUUGAUCUUUUCCUGAAACAACAACUUACCUCACCCAAGAUCCUUCCGUCCAAACAUAAUUCACGAGGACCCCAUCGCUAUGGCAAUGGUUGCCUAGUGACCGAUAAAGCUCUGAUCCCCCCUUCCUCUCGCAUUGUUGUAAGUUGAUUGGUUGGCCUGUGUUUGGGUUGCUGUGGCGAUUGAUUGCCUGUGUUGGUUGCCCUUGGCAAUUUUUGUUCUGUCACCUCGAGCAACCAGCCAUGCGUUGACCUGCAUGACCUGUUGCUGUAGUGAUCACAGACUGUGUUUGGUGCAUUGUGACUUUAUUUUGUAUUGACCUGUGCACAUACUGAUCAAUAACUAUCUAUAGCCAGGACUGCACUCUGAAUCAACUGAUUCGAUUGGAUAUUUGAUACACUUAAUCACUGCAUAGUAAUUUGAUAAAUUCUGUAGUAACGCUCGUUAUUUUUUGCGGCUUUGUUUUUGAUCAGUUUCUGUAGUGUUCUGUUUGGUGUCAUUAUUAUUUGAACAAAUGGUUUGGGUAAAAUAGUGAGCGUGGGCAUCUAUGUGUGCGUAUGUGUCUGUGUUACACUGUAAGUGUGUAAUGCAGGACUGAAUAAAUCCUUGUUGUAUUGGUGUCUGUACAGAAAGGUAUCCCUGAGGUUUAUAUUGUGGACUGGUGGAGAAAUGUAGAGCAAUAAUUCAAAAAUCAUGAAAUCCUUCAGAUGGAAAAACUAACCGUUAUAGAUGUUAUGCAUACUUGGCAGGUCUUGAUGGACAUGAGGACAUGACAUGUUUACAAGCAUGGUAUGCAGGACUGAAAAUAUGGCCACAAACUGAUCCAAAGCAUGGGGUAUACAGGCUAGAGGAGCAAGAUAAGGUUAUCAAGUCUUACAGGCAAAAGCACUCUGUAUUUAUUGGCGAGCAUGCAUUUUGUUGAGCUGUACUCUGAUAGGCUGAGUUCAUUAACAUGGACUGUAAUUUGUUCACACUGUCAUGUAGCAUUUUAGUUUUUGGCUCCUUCAUUUUCUCUCUUGGUCUUUUUUACAUCUUCUAUCACUGCUUAUAUGGUGUUUCCUCCUUCUCUCUCUCACCACCUCUUCCAUGCUCCUCCUCUAAUCUUCUUCCUUUUUCUUCCUGUUCUCUCGCUUUGAAAUGUUUUCUCUGUUUAUCUCAUUUCAACCUCCUCUUUCUAGCUCGUGUUUUGAGGUAAAGUGUAUGAGGUUGUCAUGGUGGAAAAACAAAUGCCUCUUGCUUAUUGGAGAACAGCCUUCAACUAUAGGAAUUCUGGGAGAAAAACAACAAAGAGAGCAUAAGAUGACUUUAUGGUGAGGGAAAGUUACUCCUCCACAAACCCUCACCUUUUCUAAAGAGAAGAAAAAUGUGAAGCUGCUGUCAGGUCAGUGUGUGGAGGCACUGUCAAAUGGCAGCACAUGUUAUAAAUAAAGCAUUCUGCUUCUAUUUCCAGACAAACUUUUACAUAACAAAUCCUUGUGGAUAGAAAGGCAGUAUAAUACAACAGUUUAGACCUACAAAAUAACUAUUUAAAUCCCCUUGACGUGCUGUUACUACAUUUAUCUCAAUUAAACUAUCACCCAGAAUUUCUAUACUGCAAAUGCCAGAAAGUUCUGCAUGUUGGUAGUAGUGUUUGCUUGCCAUGAUUUGAGGCACAUGAGUGCAGCAUAUGCUCAUAAGGACACACAUAGACGCAUCUGCCCAAAGCUUAACAAACACACACAUGCUUACAUCCAAGCACACACUUCAGCUAAUACACUAACACGUAGAAAAAUAAUUUUCACUGUAUUGAGUUGCAUGAUCCAGACACUGUGUGUGAAUGUGUUCAAGCACCAUGAUUUACUGCUGUUAAAAGAACCUAACAACUGUGAAUGAUGACUUUGAACUGAAACAAAGAAAAGCUAGGAGCGACUAAAGGUACAGUUUGAUACAGGAAAAGUGACAAUAGUUCCAGUCAUGCCGACAGAAGAGUAUUUUUUUUAUAGAAGGGACAUAUUUGGCAAAAUGUGAAAAUCAGACAUCCACACAAAGCUCUACUUCAUUCAUAACUCUUAUAACAGGUCAUCUCUUCUUCUCUGUCCCUCUCUUCUCUUCCCUCAAACUCUCCCUCCCUUCACAGGUGACCUCUCAGAGUCCAGCUGAGGUGGAAUCCCAGGGUUCAUUGUGCUUUCAGACUGUCUGCUACCUAUGAGCGUCUGCGGAGUGCUGCCACACACACUGACGCACACAAAGAUACAUGCACUCUCAAUACUGAACCUUAAAUGGUACAAAGCUGAUAUGUACAUAAAGUGCACAAACAUGCCUGUUGACACGCACACACAUAUACACACAGUUCACACAAAUAACUUACGUAUAGAAAGAAGAGCUUGGUUUGUCCAGUCAGUGUGGAACAGGGUUUUUAAUACAGUUCAAACAACUGAGACGACGUCUGUAGGGAGGCUACUGACGAAAACUGCUGAUAUAUCACUUCAAUAGACUUUAAUAUGUCUAUAACGUGUCUAUUACAUGACAAAUAUAGAGGGACCGAUGUUUCAUAAUAAAAAAAAAGACAGAAAAUACAAAAAAGACUACUAAAUGAGUAGAUUAGAGAGACUUUGGAGAAGAUCCUAAUGACCUGUAAAUAGUUUAGUUUACAAAGAGCAGCGUUUAAAAAACAGAAAAAAAUGCAAAAAGAAAACUACUUUAGAUAAAACACUGAGCAGAACACAGCGACAUAACUAUUAUUAUUAUUAUUAUUAUUAUUAUUAUUACCACUAGUGACAUCAUCAUCAUAAAAGGAUAUUACAUUCCAAAUUGUAAAAUGGGAAAUCACAAACCUAUUUUAAAUUUUUACUUAGAUUUUAGGUGAAACAUGGGGGAGGGGGGGGGGGGUUGCACUUAUAAUGGGAGGUUUUAAUAUUUGACUAUUUUUUAUUUAUUUACUAAUUUAACUAUUAUUUUGUUUAUUGGGAGAAUGGGUUUGAGUAGGAUGCAAUAUUUUGAUUUUAGAAUUUUCUAGAGAAAAACUUUGAGGGCCUGUUUCUGUCAGACUCUUGCAAUCAAGUAAUUAUAAUGUAUCUAUUGAUUAUUACAGCAAUUAUAUUUAUUUCUAAUUUAUUGAAUCCUGUUUUUUGAUCCACUCUCUUUUUAAGUUAAAAUAAAAUGUAUCAUACUAAAUGCA